CUCUGUCCGCGCCAGUGGAGGGCGGCGGCGGCGGCGGCUGUGAGGAGCGCGGGGAAGGCAAGAACGCCUGCUUCGCACCUCUUGUCUUCCGCAGGACGUGCCUGCGUAGAUCCGUGCGAAGGCCUGUCACCCCCCACCCCCGCACACAGCAUCUGUCGCCAUCUCCCGCCGCCGGGUGCCCUUCACGGGCCCCACGAUGGCGGCAGCCUGGGUGGGCCCCGCGCAGGUGAGUCUCCGCCGUUUCUCGGCUGGGGGCGCCGAGUGUCUGUCCGCGCGCGGGUGGUUCCGGCCGCAUCGUUGACGGCCGACGGUGAUCACCGUCCCCAUAACCUCAUCCCUGGUACCACGGCAACUCCAGGCAGACGGACAAGGGACAGACCCGGUGCGGAAAGAGGACCCCAGCGCGCAGCAGCUCCUGCACCGCGGCGGUUGGGAUCGACCCUUUUUGGCCAGCCCGUGCCGAGUCACUUGAGAGAGGCCCCUCGUCGCCUACGGUGACAGAUCCAGGGAACAGGCUGCGGAAUCCGGUGACCGCGAUUCGGUCCAUAAUUGACCGAACACCCGAGGGCUGCUGGCCCCGCACCCAGCUGACCCUGAAGCUUCUCUGUGACCCCGUCGGACUCCACGUUUAAACGCAACUUGUGCUCAGCUUGGAUUUGUUCGUUGCUGUAGGCUUGUUUUGGUUUUGGGGACGAAGCCCGCCGGUGCUCAGGUGACUGUGACCUUCAGUGAUGUGGCUGUGACUUUUACCCAGGAGGAGUGGGAGCAGCUGGGCCCAGCCCAGAGGACUCUGUACCAGGAGGUGAUGCUGGAGAACUGUCGGCUCCUGGUGUCCCUGGGGUGUCCUGUGCCCAACCCCGAACUGAUCUACCAUCUGGAACACUGGCAAGAAAUACAGAAAGUGAAGAGAGACCCCUCCCAGAAUUUCUAUCCAGGUAACAAAGGAAAUCUGACGAUCACAGAACUUACCUUUUAUGAGCCAGCCCUAUCUGAGGAAACCUUACUCCAGGCGGAGCUGACCCGAGGAGGCCCUGGGGACUCCCAGGAGUGUCAGACUAGGGAUCAGAAUGGAGCAUCAGAGGUGCUGGGAGGACAUGUUAGGACAGAGCAAGACCCUCCCUCAGAGAUGCUCCGGGAGAACUCGAGCCCUGAGUGGGGCGGCUUCAAGUCAGCUGAAGGCAUGUGUGCAGGAAUCUCACAGGAGCCAUUCCCUGCUGGAGGUGCUGUCCUUAACCGGAACUCCUGGGAGUCAGGGAAAGAUCCUGUGGUCCAGGAAGAGGAAAAUGUCUUCAACUGUAAUGAAUGCGGGAAGGUUUUUAACAAAAAAUGUCUCCUUGCUCGACAUAAGAGGAUCCAUUCUGGGGUGAAGCCCUAUGAGUGCACAGAGUGUGGGAAAACCUUUAGCAAGAGCACUUACCUCCUUCAGCACCACAUGGUCCACACUGGUGAAAAGCCCUAUAAGUGCAUGGAGUGUGGAAAAGCCUUCAAUCGCAAGUCACACCUUACACAGCACCAGCGCAUCCACAGUGGAGAGAAGCCUUAUAAGUGCACAGAGUGUGGGAAGGCCUUCACUCACCGCUCCACGUUUGUCUUGCAUAACAGGAGCCACACUGGAGAAAAACCCUUUGUGUGCAAAGAGUGUGGAAAAGCCUUUCGAGAUAGGCCAGGUUUUAUUCGCCACUACAUCAUCCAUAGUGGUGAGAAUCCCUACGAAUGCUUUGAGUGUGGCAAGGUCUUCAAGCACAGGUCAUACCUCAUGUGGCAUCAGCAGAGUCACACUGGGGAGAAGCCCUACGAGUGCAGUGAAUGUGGGAAAGCCUUCUGUGAGAGCGCAGCCCUCAUUCACCACUAUGUCAUCCAUACCGGGGAGAAGCCCUUUGAAUGUCUCGAGUGUGGGAAAGCCUUCAACCACAGGUCAUACCUCAGGAGACACCAGCGCAUACACACCGGGGAGAAGCCCUAUGUGUGCACCGACUGUGGAAGGGCCUUCACCCACUGCUCCACUUUCAUCUUGCAUAAGAGGGCACACACAGGGGAAAAGCCAUUUGAGUGCAAAGAAUGCAGGAAAGCCUUUAGUAAUCGAGCAGACCUGAUCCGGCACUUCAGCAUCCACACAGGGGAGAAGCCUUUCGAGUGCCUGGAGUGUGGGAAAGCCUUCAACCGCAGGUCAGGCCUCACGAGGCACCAGCGCGUCCACAGUGGAGAGAAGCCCUAUGAGUGUGGGGAGUGUGGGAAAUCCUUCUGCUGGAGCACGAACCUGAUCCGCCACUCAGUCAUCCACACGGGAGAGAAGCCCUAUGAGUGUAGCGAGUGUGGAAAGGCCUUCAGCCGGAGCUCUUCCCUCACACAGCAUCAGAGGAUUCACACUGGGAGAAACCCCAUUGGUGUGGCCGGUGUGGGAAAGCCUGACACGAUCUCAGAUGACCUUCAGCAACUCCUGCCUAGGAAAAACCUUUUGGAUAUAACCACUGAGGAAAAUCUUUUGCCAGAGAACACAUCUUCCACAGAAUCUGAUCAUUCAUGCCAAAGAAAGACCUCUCAGAUUUCUUCCCUGUGAGGAAAAUAUUUUGCAGAUAUGCUUUGUCAUCCAAAAUGUAAUGAUGGAAAUUGACACAGCCUAGAGCCUUAUUCUAUAUCUGAGCAUCAUCCAGGAAAAUGACCCUGUGAUUAUUUUGAACCCAGGAAUAUCUUUAAAUAUGGUUUUCUUUUUCUCUUUUUUUUCCCUUUAGUUUACACUCCAGCAUUAUCUCAGGAAUUCUUUUUACAGGAAGGAAGAGACUCAGAACAUAAAAUUAUCUACAGAUUGUUUCUUUUGGACAGCCUUGCCAAACUGACAUUUGCAUGGAUUCUUACUUUACCCUCUGAGAGAGUUUCUUUCAGAGCAAAAGGCCUUGACUGUAUGUCUUUUCCACACAUUCAUUGUAGUUCGGUAAGACAGUGAAAAACAAAUCUGGAAAUUUUUCAUUGAAUGUCUUCGAAAAUACUGUGUUAACUUUUUUUUUUCUUUUUGGGUCACACCUGGUGAUGUACAGGGGUUACUCCUUGCUCUGCACCUAAGAAUCCUGGUGAUGCUGGCGGUCCAUAUGGGAUGCUAGGAAUCGAACCUGGGUUGGUCGCAUGCAAGGCAAAUGCCCUACCCGUUGUGCUAUUGCUCCAGCCCCCUGUGUUAACUCUUAAGGAGCUUAAUUUUUGUGAGGAGAUACUAAAACGUAAAUCAUCAAAUACAUAUUUGAAAGGUUACUGUAGGAUGAGGAAAGAAUCUCCUUUGCAGGGAUGUUCUGUACAAGCCUUACAGAUGUGAACCCUCAAGGCUUAUUCUUCAACUCCAAGACUCACUACCAUGACAUCUGUCGUCUAGUUUUGAAGGACAUUUUUACACCAUCUAGGCAGGACCAUGUGACUGAGUCUGAGAUGCUCUGGUUCUUUGUGAACCUUGAGCAGACGAGUGCAGAGAAAGUCUUCCAAACGGAAUAGUGCUGCGUUCUGUUCGGGAGGAGACGUGGCUCCUGUGAGAGAAACGCUGGACUGCAGAGACGGUAAGCUGUGAGCUUGCCCAUGCUACAGCCCUCUUGGGAGAAGCCACAAAGGACAGUGCACCAAGGGUGCAGGUUUUUCUGUGUCACCACCUCCCUUUGGUGUGUCACAUUCUUGACAGGUGAGAUGUGAAGCCCUUCCACUAAGCUGCCUUAACCCUUGACCCGGGUAAAGUGAGCCCAGGUACAGUGCUGGCAUCACAAAUGCAGGAUGUGGAGAAUCCCCCCAGGACGUGGAGCUCUCUGCUGGGUAAGGAGGAAGAACCUUCUGCACAGUCCUGGGAGCCAGUCACAGGGUACUGGUCAUGAAGUGAUCAUGUGGACCAGCACAGCUUCUGUGUUAUGUGCAGGGAGGGAUCUGCCUGGAACAUUAAAGAUGGGGAAAAAGGUGGAGCAAUUGCUGGUUGGAGCAUGAUGUCUGCUGAGUUACUGAAACCUUGGGAGCCCAGUGAACCCUCCCUACACAAACAAGGAUUCACACUGCAGUGACGCCCCCUCAGGGCUUCUGGUGUGGGAAAGAACCUAUUCCCUCUGGAGAAGCCUCAUUAAUGUAGAGUGAGUGGGUGAGCCUGGGUGCACUGCUUUUUACUUGUACCUCAUGAGGCGUCUUGGGAGAAAGGCCUGAGUUCGGUGGAGACACUUUUUAAGACUUCAUUAAUUUUUGGCAUGAGAGCAUGCUCACUGGAGACAAAUGCUGUGAGAGUCAAGAAUGUCAGAGAGCCUUCUGUGACAGCUCUUCUGUGCUACAGUACGAGGAGCUGUCUUGAAGUCCUGUGAGUCUUGUGCAGAAUGACCUCACCCCAAGCCUUCAUCCCUCAGCAGCUUUGAGUGUUUACUGAGGAGAAGCCAUUUCUGAGUGGACCCCCCUCAGUCAACUUUCAAGAACUCAAAGGGAUGGGCGGGGAGAGCUUUUUUCAUGAAUUGCUGAAGAGAAUUUCUCAACCAGAGAAAACUCGGCAUCUGAGGAAUAUUACCAAAGAGAAAGGCUGUGUCAUCACAAUGAGAAAAUCUGAGAUAAAUCAUUUGAUAUCAUGUAAAGACCAGCCACUGACCCAGCCUAGACCAUUACUCUUGAUCUGAGAGUUGGUGAGGGAGAGAAGCUGUAGCUUUGUGCAUUACAGACGCCUGCGACGCUGCCCUGAGCAUACCUUGAAAAGCUGUCAUAGGAAUAUAACAAAAGGAAAACAGGCCUUGAAAGGAGUGGGAGAAAAGUUGAAAUGACAAAACAAAUGCAUUUAUGGCUUCAAAGCAAACACCCUACCCGCUGUACUAUUGCUCCAAGCCCCUCUUUCAGGUUUUCUGACAAACCUGUGCCUCAUUUGUCAUUGUUGUCUGGGACUGUUCCGUAUGUGAGAAGUAAAAAGGCCUCAAUUACUGACUUGACUCUAUAAUUCAUUUUGUC